GGCACUCUAGCUUCCAAUAUGCCACUCUUCUGUCCUGGAGGUCCAACGAGCCUCACUACGCAGGCACUGUGCGUCGCACGCGCUGCUGCUGUCGCCACUCGCUGCGGCCUGUGGAAGCUCCGAUCUCCGCUUCGGCCGCCGCCUCAGACCCGGCCCCGCCAUGUACCCGGCCUGGGGCCUGUACGGGGCGGCGGGGCAUUACCCGCCGCCCCCUACCUCGAUACCGCCCCCGCCGCUGCCGGUACCCCCGCCCGUGAUGCCCCCCUCCGUCCCGCCGCCGAACUACCCGCCCCCGGGCCCCGGCGUGGCCCCCGCGCCCGGCGCCUCGGGCUUCCUGAGCCUGCAGGAGCAGCACCUGGCCCAGCUCCAGCAGCUCCAGCAAAUGCACCAGAAACAGAUGCAGUCGGUACUUCUGGGGGGUCCCCCGCCCGGGCCGCCGCCCCCGGGCCUGCCCCCUCCGCCUCUCCCCGGCUCCUUCACUGACUGGCCGCCGCCAGUGCCGCCCCCCGUCCGCAGCUACCAGAAGCAGUUCAAGCACCGCGAGCCGCCUCCGCCGCCCCCACCCCGGGACCCCCAGGUCUGCAAGCCCCCGGCGCCUCCCCUGCCUCGAGAGCAUGAGACCCUCCAGCCGUCUCAGCCCCACAGCGACUGGGAACACCUGCCUUCUUCCCCAGUGCCCAUGGACAUGGAGCUGUCUUCUCCGCCACAGUCGCCCCCACCGCCUGAGCAGGCCUAUCCACCCCCUUCGCAAGCCUAUAUCCCCCCAGCCCAGUCUGAACCGUAUAUUCCCCCGACCCAGCCACCCCCUUCCCAGUCCCCUCCACCCCAGUCUUAUUUGUCCCAUUCUCAGCUCUCCCAGCCACCACCACCAUCCUAUCUGGAGCCCCCUCCAUCAACUGCCCCUCAAUCUUAUUUACCCUCCUCCCAGUCCUAUCAGACACAUUCUCAAUCUUAUUUGCCCCCUUCCCAAUCAUCCCUUUCCCAACCAACCCAGGCUAGUUUGACACCAUCCCUUUCUCAGUCUAAAUCUCACUUUAGUGCAUCCCAGUCAUCCUUGCCCCCUUCCACUCCUGCUCAGCAAGAGGCAGUGCAGAGCGUUGCUAAGGACACCAGUGACAGUUCUGACCAGCACAGCACCCCACAACCAGACCCCUCCACUAUGACCCCCCAGGAACAGCAGCAGUAUUGGUACCAGCAACACUUGCUAAGUCUGCAGCAGAGGGCAAAAGCACAUGCGCAGGGACAGCAGCAACCGAAGGGUCCAGGAGUAGUGAAGGAUGCACCUGAGCAGAGAAUACAGCAAGAAGAAGGGAAAGUGACUGCUCCUAAUCAGCAGUCUGAACCGCCUUCGCUUAACGAGCCCCUAAUACCAGCUUCCAAAAAAGAGGAGCCUCCUGUCUCAUCUACUGAACCUAAGCUGAAUAUUGAACCUCCUGAGGACUCUGAGGAAGAUUUGAGGUUGCAGCAGUUGCAGGUGGCAGCAGCUCAGUGGCAGCAGCAUCCACACCAUCGAGUUGGCUUUCAGUAUCAGAGAAUAAUGCAGAAGCAUGCCCAACUGCAACAGAUCCUACAGAAGUACCAACAGAUCAUACAACAGCCACCCCCCGCCCAGACAAUGUCAGUGGAUAUGCAGCUGCAGCAUUAUGAGGCGCAGCAGAAACAGUUUCAACAACUUCACAAAGAAUGGGAGCGUGAAUUCCAAGGAUGGCAGGAUCAACUUCAGACCUAUCCUCACAAAGAUCAGCUUCAGGAGUAUGAGAAACAGUGGAAAACAUGGCAGGGACAGAUGAAAGCUACUCAGUCCCAUCUGCAGGAGAAAGUGAACUCGCUUCGAAACGUGAAGAAUCAAUACACUGGGAAUGUUGCAUUGCCACCGCCUUUUGUUCCAUGCUCUCAAACCUCUCAAGGAGGCGUGCCUGUUAUGCCUCCAUCUUUGCCUUCAGUUGCCCCUCCGCAGGUUCCCCCACCUCUGUCUUCUGAUCCUCAGUUGUCUAAUUCAUCUGAACCCCCAACAUCCAGUCUUCAGGUUUUCCAGUCCACUAAGACAACCAGGCCAGCUCUGCUUCCUAUCCCUGAUUCUUUUGUAUUUAAAAUACCUGGUUCAUCUGCAACUUUACCUUGUCAUUCUGAAAUAACUACAUCUACUGACUCUUCAGACCAAGGAAACUCUCAAGUUCAUCUGGGUAAGCAAGCUGUGCCAUUUGUUUCUGUCUCAUCUGAACCGGCAUCUGGAGAACUGAAAACUUCUUCUACAGUAUCUUCAACCUAUGUACCCCCAACCUCCAACGUUCAAGAUAAACCAGUGAGAUCAGGUGGAUUGCUUCCAGACCCACCCAGAGGCACAUACUUCGAAGGACCAAGAGGUCCUAGGUUUGAUGGACUUCGGGGAAGAGGCUUUGACAGAUUUGAAGGGCCAAGUCAGAGAGGACCUCGUUUUGAAGGCCAGCACUUGGAAGGGCCAAGGCCAAGAUUUGAAGGUCAGAAUUCAGAUGCACGGUCUUCAAGCAAAUGGGGAACUAUCCCCCGUGGGCCAGCAGCACAGUUUUAUACAUCCCCAAGUACAUCACAGAUGCACAGUUCCCGACCAAGUGGAUCACAGUGGAGGGGGCCCAGACCUCCUUUUGGACAACAGCAGUCUCAAGCAGAGUCCCGAACAGAAAACAGAGAAGCUUUUGCUGAUGCAGCUGUCAACCAGGAGUUGGCAAAUAGAACUCAGUCUACUCCAAUUUCCUUUGAUACAGAUGCAAAGAAUUCUGGUCCAGUUCAGCCAGCUGAGGACCUGACAAAAGCUCAACAGGAACCACCCAAAGCUGAAGUCAAAAAAGUCAUUCCUGGGCCUAAAAAGUGGACGUGGAGUUCUCAGGAUCCUGCGCAGCAAGUACAAGAGACAAAAUCAACUACUCAACCUCCACCCAUUCAGAAUCAAAAACCAACACCACUUCCCAGUACACCUGUAACUGUGCAGUCUACUGUUCCUCCAAGAACAGGAGGAACAGCAGUCUUACCUCCAUCCCCUGUAACAGGAAAUACAGACUUAAAAUCUACAGAUAGUAAAUUGCCCCUUUCAGAAAAUAGCCAGGGUAAAGGACUACCUGGAUUAGAAAAUAACCAGGGUAAAGGGCCGGUUCAACCAGAAGAUAAUAGAGGCAGUGGACCAGUAAGCAGAGGCAGGGGGCAGGGCAGGCUGGAAGACUGCCGAGGCAGGGGGCUAACAAACAGAGGCAGAGGAUUACCCAGACAGGCAGCCACCCGAGGCCGGGGGAUGAUCCAGAGAGUGAGCAGCCGGGAGGAGCAGCUGGAUAGGCGGUCAGGUAGCAGGGAGAAGUUGCCAGAUGGGCAGUCAGGCAACUGGGAGAUGGGGCCAGUUGGGCGGUCAGGCAGCCGGGAGAGGGUGUUGUCCAGCCGAGACAAGGAACCAGCUGGCCGGGCAGACAGCAGGGAUAGGGGGCAAUCAGGAAGCUGGGAGAGGGGCCCUGUCAUGCGGGAUGAAAGCUGGGAGAGGGGUCCUGUCAGGCGGGCAGGAAGUCGGGAGAUGGGUUCUGUCAGGCGAUCAGGUAGCCGGGAGAGGGAAAUGGGCAGGCCUGAAACAGGAAGUAUUGAUAAACCAAUCCGCUUAGGAGACAACUCAGAGAAAUUAUCUCUGUAUCAUCGAGAGGAACCAACAAGGGCUCCCUGGAGUCAUGAAGAGGAGAGAAUGCAAGAGGAACCUUCAUUAGAUAGACGAGAUGCCCGUCCUUUAGAGCGCGAGCAAUUGGAUGAUUGGGAAAGAGAUCGAUAUUGGAGAGAGCAUGACACAGAUAUUCGGGAUGAUCACCUGGAUCCAUAUGAUAGAGAUGACAGGUUACCACUGCGUCUUUCAUUGCCUCCACUGUCACCUCUUCCUCCUUUACCUCCUUUGUCUUCUGAUCUUGACAGACGAGACACUUGGUGGGAUGAUUGGGAAAGGCCCAGGGAGAGGGAGUUGGAUAGAGAUCUGGACAGGAUUGGAAGACCCUUGGAUAUUUAUGAUCGAGAAUUAGAUAGAGAAUGGGACAGAGAUUACUUGAGACCUCUGGAUGACAGAGAUACACCGAGUCAUGACCUGGACAUUCCUCCUCUUCCCCCUUUGCCACCACUUCCACCUCUGGACAGGUACCGUGAGGACCGGUGGAGGGAGGAAAGAGACAGAGAUCUCUAUGACAGAGACCUCCGAGACAGGGGGGAGUUGAGGAUCCGAGAGUAUCCAGAGAGGCGUGAUACAUCGAGGGAGAAGCGAGAUUACCUUCCUGAAAAGACUGACUGGGAGAGGGAACGGUUGUCGGAUAGAUGGUAUCCUGAUGAAGCAGACAGACUACGACCUUUGGAGGAUCAGCUUGAUCCACCCCUUCCACCACCACGUUCAUCUGACAUGCUGGGAGCAGAGCCAAACCUGGACCCUGAACAGUCACUUGGAGGGGUAAUGGUCCUUAGUCAAAGGCAGCAUGAAAUAAUCCUCAAGGCUGCCCAGGAGCUGAAAAUGCUUCGGGAACAAAAAGAACAGUUGCAGAAGUUGAAAGACUUUGUGCCUGAUCCCCACCUGCCAUCACAGGAAACUUCUAGAUCACAAACCACAACUACAAGGCCACGUGCUUUUCAGGCGUCUUCUCAGCUGCCACCUGAGACACCAAUAGAAUCUCAACCUAUCAAACCUUCUCCUGCUGUUAUUAUAAAGCCACCAGUGUUGUUCAGGCAGCCCACCCCGGUGACGAGGCCGGGUGCUCCAGUGACGAGGCCAGGUGCCCCGGUGACGAGGCCGAGUGCUCCAAUUCCUGCUUCAGCUACAACCUCAAGUCAGGCUCCUGCAAUAAAGCCAACAUCUGGUGCUGUGAAACAGGAACGUUGGGAUGAGGAUUCUUUUCAUGGACUCUGGGAUACCAGUGAAGAUAAAGGAGCAAAUUUGGAAUAUGCAUUAUGUGAAUCAGAAUCAGUGCUGCCACCUGCAGUGUCAUCUUCUGGGAAAAUACCUCCUCCAGGUCAUACUCCCAUUCCAUCAUCUGUACCAACAUCAAUUCCUAAACCACCUCUAAUUCAACAGACUGUGGACUAUGGCCAUGGACGGGAUAUAACCACCAGUAAAGUUGAACAAAUUCCGUAUGGGGAGAGAAUAACUCUGCGUCCAGAACCUCUGCCUGAGAGACAACCAUUUCCAAAAGAACAUCCAGGCCAGCGGGAUCGUUACAACAGAGAGAGGGAUCGUGAGUCUUACUUUGAGCGUCAAGGCAAUGCAAACACAGAUUACCGAGAUUUUAAAAGGGAGCGGGAACUGCACAGAGACCGAGGCUCAGGAGACUAUGAUCGAGAGAGGUUUGAGAAAGAACGCCAUCUUCGAGAGGACAGGGCACCUCCAACUGGACCUUCAAGGACUCAGUCUUACCGUGACAAGAAAGAGCAUCCCUCCUCAAGGCGAGGGGGCUUUGAAAGACCAUCAUAUGAACGAAAGCCUGAUCGCCCGACCUAUGAUCAUGGACCUUCCAUGUUUGGAGGUGAUCGGAGAAAUUACCCGGAGGAGAGGAUGCCUAUUUCGGCUCCAUCAGUACCUCGCCAGCCACCCCCUGCUCCCCGGAUAGAGAGGAAACCAGAGUCUAAGAAUGUGGAUGAUAUUUUGAAGCCACCAGGACGGGACAGCAGGCCAGAGAGGAUUGUCAUCAUAAUGAGAGGAUUGCCAGGCAGUGGAAAGACACAUGUAGCAAAGCUCAUCCGGGACAAAGAGGUGGAGUGUGGAGGACCUGCACCCAGAGUUCUCAGCCUGGAUGACUAUUUCAUCACCGAAGUGGAGAAAGAGGAGAGAGACCCAGAUACAGGAAAAAAAGUGAAAAAGAAGGUGAUGGAGUAUGAGUAUGAAGCUGAUAUGGAAGAGACCUACCGCACCAGUAUGUUUAAAACUUUCAAAAAGACCUUGGAUGAUGGCUUCUUCCCUUUCAUUAUCCUGGAUGCCAUCAAUGACAGGGUGCGCCAUUUUGAGCAGUUCUGGAGUGCAGCAAAAACCAAGGGCUUUGAGGUGUAUUUAGCUGAGAUGAGUGCAGAUAAUCAGACUUGUGCCAAGAGGAAUAUCCAUGGACGCAAGCUAAAGGAGAUCAAUAGGAUGUCUGAUCACUGGGAGACUGCACCACGUCACAUGAUGCGCUUGGACAUUCGUUCUUUGUUGCAGGAUGCUGCUAUUGAAGAGGUGGAGAUGGAGGAUUUUGAUGCUAAUAUUGAAGAUCAGAAAGAAGAAUCCAAGAAGGAUACAGCAGAGGAAGAAGAAAGCGAACUGGGUUACAUUCCGAAAAGCAAAUGGGAGAUGGACACUUCUGAGGCAAAGCUAGACAAGCUGGAUGGCUUGCGGACAGGCACAAAGAGGAAACGUGAUUGGGAAGCAAUUGCCAGCAGGAUGGAGGAUUAUCUUCAGCUUCCAGAUGACUAUGAUACACGUGCUUCUGAACCUGGCAAGAAAAGGGUAAGGUGGGCAGACCUAGAAGAAAAGAAGGAUGCAGACAGGAAGAGGGCCAUUGGUUUUGUGGUUGGACAAACGGAUUGGGAGAAGAUCACAGAUGAAAGUGGUCAUCUUGCUGAGAGAGCCCUCAACCGCACCAAAUAUAUCUGAGACAAUUAUUAUAUGGAAUUUUUGUACCUUUAAGGCCAUUUACUUUGAGGAGAACUGAACCUGGCGUGGCAUGAGCAUCCUACAUGGAUCAUGUCACUACCAUCUUCACAGAUUAUUUUUGUUUCUUUUGUUGUUUUAGUUUCUGAAAGUUCCUUGAAAUAUUGGCAGGUGAUAACCAGUGUCCCCAAAAGACAUACAAUUCUGCUGCACCUAAGCAAGAGAGUUUUCAUUUUAAUAUUUUUUGGAGGGGAGGGAGGGUCAGUAGUUUUAGCUGCUAUGCGUGGAAAAAUUAGGCAGAGAAUGUUUCCUCCAUUGUACUGUAACAGAAUGUCUGUAUCACCUUUGCUUUGUGGCCAUUCUCAUUUUAUACUGUAUGUACCUUGUAGCUUAUUGUACUAGGAAGCAGAACAAUAAACUUUCAUUAUAAACCCAGUGA